GUAAUUUGAGAGUUGAGUGUUGACCCCGGUGAUUGUUCCAAAAGACUAGGAAAGAGCAACAAUGAACCGCCAUUAGCUCCCGAGCCAUGUAAUUGUAUUUCCCACCAGAAUUUCGGAUCCUCACUCGUUAUUUUCCUGGUCCUUGUUCUUGUUCUUGUUCCUCCACUCAGUCUCUCUUAUUUUCGCUUACUCAAUUGAACACAAAGCUAUUCCAUUUUCUUUUUGUCAAGUCCCCACCUCACUAUCUUUGAUCCUUCUCCGAAAUGUCUCUGAAACUUCCCUUUCUGAAAAGGUUUUUCUACGCGCUUUGCUGUACUGCUCAUUUCUGAACUUUGAAGCUACGCUAAUACGUACAACAUCUAUAUAUGUGUGUGUGUGUGUGUGUGUUUUAUUCUGUAAGGAGAUUGUAACAAAUUAACUAGUUUAGUAAAAAGGUGAAAGAAAGGUAAUGAUGGAGAGUUAUUUGCAAGAGUUCGGGGAAGUGAAGGCAAAGCAUUCGUCUGAAGAAACGUUACAGAAAUGGAGGAACCUUUGCAGCGUUGUCAAGAACCCGAAACGAAGGUUUCGCUUUACUGCCAACAUUACCAAGCGCAGCGAGGCUGCUGCUAUGCGCCGUACCAAUCAGGAGAAAUUGAGGAUUGCUGUUUUGGUUUCUAAAGCUGCAUUUCAAUUUAUUCAAGGUCAGUCUCUUUGGCAUCAAGUUAAACAUUAUCAUACAUACUACAAGGUGGUUCAUGCUUAUUCUAAAUUCCUAAUGUCUGCAGGUGUGCAACCAAGUGACUACGUUGUACCUCGGGAAGUUACAGACGCAGGUUUUCAGAUUUGUGCUGAUGAAUUGGGAUCCAUUGUUGAAGGCCAUGAUGUAAAGAAGCUGACAUUUCAUGGUGGGGUAGCUGGUAUUGCAGAAAAACUCUCCACGUCAGUAAAAGAUGGGCUUAAUACCGAAUCCGAUUUGCAGACUCGCAGACAAGAGAUAUAUGGAAUUAACAAAUUUACAGAGAGUGAACAACGGGGCUUUUGGAUAUUUGUUUGGGAAGCCCUUCAGGAUAUGACUCUUAUGAUCCUCGGAGUAUGUGCUUUCGUGUCUUUGAUAGUUGGGAUAGCAACGGAAGGAUGGCCUAUUGGUGCCCAUGAUGGCCUUGGAAUUGUUGCAAGUAUCUUGUUGGUUGUGCUUGUCACAGCAACAAGUGAUUAUCGCCAAUCGUUACAGUUCAAGGACUUGGACAAGGAGAAAAAGAAGAUUGACAUUCAAGUUACAAGAAAUGGAUACAGGCAGAAAAUGUCCAUUUAUGAUUUACUACCUGGUGAUAUUGUGCAUCUUUCUAUUGGUGACCAAGUGCCUGCAGAUGGGCUAUUUGUUUCAGGGUUUUCUGUGUUAAUUGAUGAAUCAAGUUUAACUGGUGAGAGUGAGCCUAUAAUGGUAACUGCUGAAAACCCCUUUCUUCUUUCUGGUACUAAGGUCCAAGAUGGAUCUGGCAAGAUGAUGGUUACCACAGUUGGGAUGAGAACCCAAUGGGGUAAGUUGAUGGCAACUCUGAGUGAAGGUGGAGAUGAUGAGACACCAUUGCAGGUGAAGUUGAAUGGAGUGGCAACCAUUAUUGGGAAGAUAGGCCUUUUCUUUGCCGUUGUGACUUUUGCAGUAAUGGUGCAAGGAUUAUUUAGUCAUAAACUAUCUGAGGGGACACACUGGAGCUGGACUGGAGAUGAUGCAAGGCAAAUGUUGGAAUACUUUGCUAUUGCAGUUACAAUUGUUGUUGUUGCUGUCCCAGAAGGGCUGCCACUGGCUGUGACAUUGAGCCUUGCAUUUGCCAUGAAGAAGAUGAUGAACGAUAAAGCACUUGUUCGUCAUCUGGCGGCUUGUGAGACUAUGGGAUCAGCCACAAAUAUUUGCAGUGACAAAACUGGGACACUCACAACCAACCGCAUGACUGUUGUAAAAUCAUGCAUUUGCAUGAAUGUCAAGGAGGUGAGCAAACCCAGUGAAGCAUCUAGCUUGUUCUCUGAUCUGCCAGAGUCUGCUAAGAAACUUUUGCUGCAAUCAAUAUUUAAUAACACUGGCGGAGACGUUGUGGUUAACAAAGAGGGAAAGCAUGAGAUAUUGGGAACACCUACAGACACUGCUCUAUUGGAGUUUGGCUUGUCACUUGGUGGAAAUUUCCAAACAGAGAGACAAGCUUCUAAACUUGUUAAAGUUGAGCCAUUCAACUCAACAAAGAAACGGAUGGGGGUAAUCCUGGAACUUCCUGAGGGAGGUCUGCGAGCACACACCAAAGGUGCCUCAGAAAUAGUUUUGGCCAGCUGCGAAAAGGUGAUCAAUACAAAUGGCGAAAUUGUUCCCCUUGAUGAAGCAUCCAUCAACCAUCUCAAAGUUACUAUUGAGCAAUUUGCUUGUGAGGCCCUUCGAACUCUAUGUCUUGCCUAUGUGGAACUAGAAAAUGGUUUCUCUCCUCAGAAUCCUAUUCCUGUUUCUGGUUAUACUUGUAUAGGAAUUGUGGGAAUUAAAGAUCCUGUUCGUCCCGGUGUCAAGGAGUCCGUUGCAAUUUGCCGUUCAGCUGGUAUCGUAGUAAGAAUGGUUACAGGAGACAAUAUAAAUACUGCAAAGGCUAUAGCAAGGGAAUGUGGGAUUCUCACUGAUGAUGGCAUAGCCAUUGAAGGCCCGGAGUUCAGGGAGAAGAACCAGGAAGAACUGCUUUCACUCAUUCCUAAAAUUCAGGUGAUGGCUCGAUCCUCACCUCUGGACAAGCAUACACUGGUGAAGCACUUGCGGACCACAUUCGAUGAAGUCGUUGCUGUGACCGGUGAUGGAACAAAUGAUGCCCCAGCACUUCACGAGGCAGACAUUGGACUAGCCAUGGGCAUUGCUGGAACUGAGGUGGCUAAAGAGAGUGCUGAUGUUCUAAUCCUGGAUGAUAAUUUCUCCACAAUUGUGACAGUGGCAAAAUGGGGACGUUCAGUUUACAUAAACAUUCAAAAAUUUGUGCAGUUCCAGCUGACAGUUAAUAUAGUUGCUUUGAUUGUUAACUUCUCCUCAGCUUGUUUGACAGGGAGUGCUCCCCUCACAGCUGUUCAGCUGUUGUGGGUCAACAUGAUCAUGGACACACUAGGAGCACUGGCACUUGCAACUGAGCCUCCAAAUAAUGAGUUGAUGAAGCGUCCACCGGUCGGAAAGAGACAAAACUUUAUCACUAACGUUAUGUGGAGGAAUAUUUUAGGGCAGUCUUUAUAUCAGUUUACAGUGAUAUGGCUUCUUCAGGCAAAAGGAACAGCAAUGUUUGGUCUUGACGGACCAGAUUCUCAUGUGAUCCUCAACACUCUCAUUUUCAACACAUUCGUCUUUUGUCAGGUUUUUAAUGAGAUAAGCUCCCGUGAGAUGGAGGAAAUAGAUGUGUUCAAGGGCAUAUUGGAUAACUACGUCUUCGUCGGAGUCCUUAGCUCCACAGUUCUGUUCCAAAUCAUAAUUGUUGAGUUCCUGGGAAAAUUUGCAAGCACAGCACCCCUCACCUUGGCACAAUGGUUCAUCACUGUAUUCAUUGGAUUUUUAGGGAUGCCAAUUGCUGCUGGUAUAAAGAAGAUUCCUGUUUGAACUACAUAAAAGUAGGGGUUAGAUUUUUCUUUUUCUUUGUUAAGAAAACAAAAAAAGUUAGGGAGUUUAGAAGCCUAAAUUUGGAAACAGAUCUCUUAAAAUUCCCCAUCCUGCAAAGUUGCAUGAGAUGAUGAACCAUUAUUGGUUUGGUUGUUGUCUAUAAGCUAAUGAAUAGAAUUAGCCCACAGUAGCUAUUCUACCCAAGCCAAAGUCUCCUGUUUAACUAAAUCCAAUUGAAUGCAAGUUUUACAUGGUGAACACAAGGUUGAUCUCCUGUAUCUUUGCAAGUCCUGUAAUUCCUCAGACUGUAUUUUCUUAUCUUUAUGUAACUAGUUUUCUGCUCUGGCAAUGAUUUCUUUA